UAAUUGUAUUUGAGUGUUUUUUCUGGUCCUUGAGAUCUUAUAGCUGCAGCAAUUGCAUUUCAUCAUCUCAUGGAUCCCAAGUCUUACCUUAGAAAAUUGAGCAUCAUUGUCACUAUAAGCAGCAUCUUCCAUUUCAACGAGGCAAGAUUAUUUCCUGAUCAAGUACUAAAGAGACCAAAAGUUUUAGAAUCAGUAGAACAAGUAGAGCCUACAAAUGGGAAACCAUAUGGCUUACCCUCUCCAUUAUAUCUGCCACCUUUAGCGUCACCAGUACCAGUUCCGGCACCGGCGGGUAGUCCUCUAUCAAGUGUAGCUCCACCACCAAUUGAAUCUAUGUUGCCGCCUUUUCCACCAUCCACUAAUAUUUCCAUCCAAAGUCCGCCGAAAAGCCCACCUAAAAACUCCGCUAGCCCACCUAUGUAUAAUACACCAAUUCCAAGUCCACCACAGUAUAUGCUGAGCCCACCAAAGCUUGUCCCAAGCCCACCGGGACCGGUGGUUCAAACACCACCGUCUACACCGCCGCCUCCACAUAAAAAACCACAGUUUGCCGUCUGGUGUGUUGCAAAGCCGACUGUUCCUGAUUCAAUAGUUCAAGAAGCGUUGGACUAUGCCUGUGGGUCAGGGGCGGAUUGCAAGUCGAUUCAACCCAAUGGGCCAUGCUUUCAGCCCAACACGUUGGUAUCGCAUGCUUCUUAUGCUUUCAAUAGUUAUUGGCAGAAAGCUAAAGCAGCUGGCGGCACUUGUGACUUUGGUGGGACUGCAAUGCUUGUUACCAAUGAUCCAGGUUUCGACAAUUGCAAUUUCACUGACAAUUGAUUGCCGAAGAAUAAUAAAUUUCGUCAUUAUUUUACAUCAUUGUAACCUUUCGCUUUCCUUUGAAGGCAAUACUUUUGGCACAUUGUGAGAAUGUGUUUUCUUUUUCUUUCUUGAUAAUUAUUAGAUUGUAAUUGUUUAAAUUUUGGCAUAUCUAUUGUAUUGAAGGUAUGUCCAGCUAUACACAAAUAUAAAUUCUGCCGACAUGCAGGCACUAUUUUUCUUUUGCUGAA